CAGACAGGUCUGUGGUGUGUGGAAAGUGCUGGUGGAGGCCAGGCCCAGAGCCCAGAGCCCGAAGCAGAGGAAUAGAGGUGCCUAUCUGCCCAAGAGUACCACAGGAUGGGGGCAGGGAAGACGCUGAAGUUUGCAAUAUGUGAGGUGCUUCAGUUUGUGGGGCUGUGUGUACCACUCUUUAUUGUUAUGCAGAGGUUUGCAGUCAUUGUAUCUAAAGUCAAAGAUCUGGCUCAGCCUCCUGGUGACAGCCGUACAGCUUACUGGUUAAUUGUUGCAGCCUCUGUGGCAUAUGUCACCUCCACAGCGCUGUUCAUCUGGGUCCCUCUCAAGUAUAUGGUUUUUCAAAAGAAGAAGUUUCUCAUUGGGAGGAAGAAGUGGAGGCCUGUGGCACUCGUCUAUGUGAUCCUUUCCACGUUACCCUGCUUUGCCUUUCUCAUUGCCAGCUCAGAGGUUCAGAUCCACAACAACAUGAAACAUGACAUGUUCAUGGAGGUCCCUGUGUCACUCAUCCUCUUCUCGCUCAUCUGUAUGGACGUAGUGGAGCGGAUACGCCACUUAAGACUGACAGGCCGGGCUAACGACAGAGACAGAGAAGCAGAGAUCCCCUCUACAAUCCUCACACACAUGGAGCCAGUCACACCACUAAAUCCGCUUGUCCCGGGGCCUGCAGUGCCUGGGGCAGCUGUGCCCACGUCUGUACCCUCAGCAUCACAGCACAACAACAACCGUAACCCAAAUGGUGCGAGCAUGCGUCCAGAGCCCAACGGGACAGUCCCACUGGUCUCGGAUCAUCCAGGUAACUCCAGGAGACCGUUCAGUAUUUCUGGACUCAGCUCCCGUUCUGAGAGCAUAGCGGCCUACCCCAUGUCCCCUUACACAUACACAGGACCUUUGCGCUUCCUGUGUGCCACUGAUGCAAGAGCGGACGUGAUAGUGGACAGCUUCAUGUUUUGGAUGGACACAGUGGAGAUGGUACGGUCAGCGGGCCACCCCCUGGUUUACUACUCAGGUUGGGUAUUCCCCAUUUACAUCUUCAGCUACCUCUCUUGCCUGAGAGUGGUGGUGAUGCCACACAGCCCUCUGCUCUCCUCACUCGGGGUGGCACUACAGGAUCUACCUUUCUUCUUUGUGCGUGCCGGAUUAGUUGCGUUUUUUGGUUUUGUUACCCCUGUUCUUUACAUGAUGAAAAACUUGCUAAUAUGUCUGGCAUUUAUUUAUUUUAACUUCAUGACCAAGCUAAGGAUUUUUAAUACAGAGAGGAUGGUCUUUUAA